AUGGACAAAGAAGUUGUUAGGGUAGGUGACUUUCCUAGUCGACUGCAAGAGACCGACUUAGAGACGUUAGAGAUUAAGUACAGCCUGACCGCGUUCGAGCCUGUUUUACUCGAGGAUGAUCAGAGGGCGGAUACUCUGCCAUCGGGGAAGAUGACGGUUUAUGCCAAAUUCCUCGAAUAUGGUCUUUAUUUACCCGUCCUCCCUUUGUGUUAUCAAAUUCUCAAGGCUUACCGCAUGCCUUUAGCUCAGAUGACCCCUAACUUCAUUACAGUAGUGUUGGCUUUGGUUUUCGUCUGUGGUAAGGUCGGGGCCGUCCCUGACGUAUUCUUAUUUCGAUGUUUCUAUAAACUGGUGCGUGGAGUGAAGAACUUCCCGAGUUGGUUCAGUGUGACACGGAACUCCAAAGGUCCAAAGAAAGAAUUGGUGUCAAGGAGUGACGCGUCCAAACCUUGGAAGCCAGCUACAAGUCAUGGAGGGUCGAAUAUUUACGGGGGAAAGAGGGCAGCUCCUUUGGCAAAUCCCAAGAAGCAGAAGGGUGGCUAUGAUUACCACAACAGUAGGCGGCAAGUCGGGCCUGACUCCCGACGAACUAUUAAAAGAGACCUACACCGACCAGGGUCUUCUAAAACGCCCUGCCAGGACAUCGGACACCAUCCUCAGAGAACAGAUUGCACGGUGCAAGCCGUGGCCACCUUUGACAAAUAUUCGGACGAGAUUAUGGACGAUGCAACUUCCAAGAUCCGACUUUGUCGUAUGAUAUGCAAGCGACGUCGAGUCCCCAGUCUCGACUCCCCUUGGAGACGCUACACUGAAGACUCCGGCAAGGACAAGGUAGUUUUAACAAGUAUAGUCGAUGCCGGAGUAAGCCCCGAGAGGUCUCCUGAAAGGGCCCCUUUGACUUCGGGUGGUAGGCUAGACGAUAGUAACCCAAGUAUAAACUUAACACUUCCCGACCCUAACCCCAACCCCGACUCCUGCCCUUAUUACUCUAUAAUAAGUAGGGCUUUAAUCGAGUCUUCCCUUGAAGGGGAAAAUCAAUUGUCGAAUCUGGAAGGUCGUCUUCGGGAUGCCAUUAGGGCCAUCCAAAACUCGGAGUUAGAAGCACUUAGGGCAGCUGUUAUCAACCUUAAGAAGGAGGUGGCCAAUUUAUGUCAAACAAACUUAGACCAGGAGAAGUAUUGGGAAGAUCACGUUAAGAAUUUCGUGAAGAUGGAUGCGUAA